GGCAGAGGCACACAUUUACAGUUAUGCAUUUGGCAGACACCUUUUCCAAAGCAUCUACAGUGCAUUAGUUGUUUAACAUUUUAUCAGUAUGUGUGUUCUCAUAAUUCAAUAUCAAUCUGCCAUUUGAGCAACAGGAACACAAACAGGUAGACUUAAACAUGUGAGUCCUUUUUUUCUCUUGAAAUACCAAGUUACCACAGUUUUACUGUUACGACAAUAAACGUGGAAGGCUAAUGAGGGUAUUUUGGCCGGAGUUAUGGUUACUAUGGCAAUUUUGGUCAUUUUGGCACAUUAGUCAACAGUGCAACCAAAACAAACACACGCGCAUGCGCGUUCCUCUCCAAAACACGCUUAAUUCUAUAGAAACCCGUGGAUGAAACAGCCAAAAGUCGCCAUAAAUCGAUUCAACGAUGUUCAUUUGACAUAUGUGCGUUUUGGCCAGCUUUUGAUGCGGAGUAACAUGACAGCAAAUAGGACCCUGCAGCGCUCUCCGGCGGACCUCACCUGUCUCCAAACGCGUUUUAACUUUUCCACCUGAAGUCGCCAGCAGAACAUCCAUCCCUCUGUAAAGAUGAUGAUUUCUGCAUUGCUCGCUUUGUUCCUCCUGGACGGUUCUCUCAUGGAGAUCGUGUUCCGCUGCCCGAGCUGCACCGCGGAGCGCCAGGCGGCGUGCCCAAAGCUCACCAGCUCCUGCGCAGAGAUUGUACGGGAACCGGGUUGCGGCUGCUGCCCCGUUUGCGCCCGGCAGAAGGGCGAGCUGUGCGGCGUCUACACGCCGAGAUGCGGGAGCGGGUUGAGGUGUUACCCGAGUGCGAAUACGGAUUUACAGCUGGAACAGCUGAUCCAGGGGCUCGGAAGAUGCGACAUCAUAGUGGACCUGGAGACCACCAUGACCACCCCGGGGCUGGGACAUAUUGGGGAGGUAAACGCCACAAGGCCCCCUCCUCAGAAGAAACCCACCAAGGACAACAACUACCAGCACAUCAAAGAAAUAGCAGUGAAGCAUCAUUUAAACAAGCAGAAGACCAAGAUGUUCAGCCCCCAGGAUGAUCUCAGAGUGCCUCACCCCAGACAGAGUCAAUGUCAGCAGGAACUGGACAGAGUAUUGGAGGAGAUCUCCAGGAUGACUUUCCAUGACAACAAAGGACCGCUGGAGAAUCUGUAUGACCUGAAUUUCCCAAACUGUGACAUAACAGGACAGUACAACCUUAAACAGUGUCACAUGUCCACCCAUGGACAGAGGGGCGAGUGUUGGUGUGUCAACCCUCACACUGGGAUCCAGAUACCCUCGUCCCCCAAAGUGAGGGGAGACCCCAACUGCAGCCAGUACUUUGAUGGUCCCGAGCUGGAGCCGCCCACCAUCCUGCAGAAAUAGACACAGCGUCUAUUCAUGUUUGUAAUUCUGUAUAUGUGUGUGUAUAUUUUCCAAAUAGUUAGGUCUAUAUUGUCAGUGAGAGGCUGGAAUGAGUCGCAUGCCGGCAAAGACAAAUCAAAGGCAACCUUCCCAUCUCUCGAAUCCGGAUAACUGUACACUAAAUUUAACUUUGAAUGAUUGUUUUUAUUUCGGCCUAUUUAUAGGCGUGUUCUGUGCCUUUAAUCCUGUGACGGAAUCUGCUAGUAGAGCUAUUUCAGGGAGUCUCAUAUACAGCAUGUGCAGCUGAUCGCUAAAAACACAUGUCCUUUAUUUGACUAUCCUGCCUUUUGUUUUUAGUGACCCAAUGAAAAUGGUGCUUGACUCUAGAGAUAAAACAUCUCGAACACAGCAUCUCAAAUUCUGGAAUGAUUUUCUUUGGCACGUUACACAAAGCAAAUGACAUGAUGAAGAAUUAGUUCACCCCAAACGUCUGUAAUUACCAACCCUCGUGUCUUUUUAAAGGCUCUUUUCAAAAUGAAUGAGGAAGAUUUAAGUGAACAUCAGAUUGAAUUCCAGUCUUUUUUGCAGAUAAGGCUAUCAUAUGGCUUCAGAAGAUUCGGUCAUGAGUGGUAUGGAAUUUUAUACGCUGCUUUUUGUGGAGUUUGGCAGCCAUUUGGCAGCACUGAUGUUCAUCAAAACGUCCUCCUUUGUGUUCCACAGAAUAAGAAACGUUGGAUUCAGAAUGACACAAGGAUGAGUAAAUGAUGACAGAAUUGUUGAGCGAAUUAUCCGUUGAACAAUGAUCAAGGCGUCUGAUUGGCUGAUUUUGUAGCAUCUUGGCCAGAGCCAUUGAGAGAGAGAGAGAGUUGCGUCAACUCCGUUGGCUCGAAUGGAACAUUUUUUUCACAGCAAUGGCGGUUCAUUGAGCUUCUCAAUAGUUCCCGGAAGUUAGUAGUAACGCAUGGAGCGGCAGCAAAACAGACCGAUUGUGACAGACUUUUAACCCAUUUAAAGACGUAAGUCAUUUAAUAAAUAAAAAAGGAAAGAAAUAAAUAAUUUGAAGAGAAAACAUAACUUUUGGAACUAUCUGAAAGCUCCAUGAAUCACGUGACACUCGAAAAUUCUUCUCUCUCUUAACGGCUCUGAUCUUGGCAGGGGAGGAGAGAUGUUGUCAGUGGUCAUUUAAUGGGAUAGUUCACCCCAAAGUAAAAAAUCUGAUGUUAUUUAUUCACCCCCGAGUCAUUCAAAACCUGUAUGAGACACGGUCUUCUGUGGAACUCAAAAGAAGAUCAUUUGAAAAAUGUCUCAGUGGUUUUGUGUCCAUGGUCGUUGUUGUAAAUCUUUCAAAUAUUUUUUGUUCUACAGACGAAAGAAAGUCACGCAGGUUUGGAAUGACAUGAGGAUGAGUAAAUGAUGGAAGAACGUUCAUUUUUGGGUGAACUAUUCCUUUGUGCAUUUUGUUCAGUUUUUUUAGAGACAAAUUAACUCGACAGAUAAAUCAAGAUGGAACGAGUACUGUUUUUGCACAUUUGUUCGUUUUUGUAGAUAUGUGUCAGAGGCAAUUCCUAGACUGUUGCGUUUUUGCAUGACUGUGCGUUCAGUGCUGGUACAAGGUUUAAAAAAAGGCCCCAUCUUGGCACAUUAUCGUUUAGUUAUUACUAGACUUAACUGCGUUAUAGUAUUGCAAAAAAUCAAAAUUUAUGUUUUCAUAAUCAAUCAUUGCUAUUGCUUAUACUUACGCCCGUCUCUGCUACCGGCAGCUGAUGGUCCUCUGUUCUCGCUCUGCCUCUCAAACAUGUGCUAGAAUGCAAGUCGUGUGUGCGCGCUUGCGGUGAGGAUCAACAUUUACUAAUGAUGUGCUGACAGAGCUAGAUUAGGACACGGGCCUGACAUUGACAAAUGUGAUAUAAAGUGGGUUAAGUGCAUAUAAAUAAACACAGGUUUGCCUGCUGUGCCAGUGGGUUGUGCUCACCAAGGCACAUCAGACGUCCUGGGAUGGAUGCGACGGGGUUAGUAAGAGCGAUAUUACCCCAGUUAUUAUCCAAAUGAAUUGACCAGAAAUGGAGGUUGGAGAUAAAAAUUGGGUCCGUUUCAUUAACCGUGCCAACACACAUUAAUGAGUAAAACACAUACUUCGUGUUUACAUAUUCUUCCAAAGUUAGAAUAAAAUUCUCAAACAAGACUUUUUGUUAGUUAUUGU